CUUUCAUUUACAUCCUCAAUUCCCCUCAAGGAUUCAAUCCCAUCCUCUCUGAUUUCCCAAACAAUCCAAAAAUCGCAGACAGACCGGUCAUUUCACAAUGGCCACCAGAAAGAUCAACAUCACUGGUGUCCAAGGCGGCCGCGGGCAAGGCACCAACAACCAGAUGCCAGCCCGCAUGGAGAUCAACACCUAUCUUCAGGAUGCGGAUCGCAAAACCAUCCUUCUCCUCGGCCUUGAGCGCAUGCAGGCCCGUCCCCAUAGUGAUAUGAAAUCAUGGUACCAGAUUGCUGGUAUUCAUGGAAGACCGUACACUGUGUGGGAUGGCGAAGGGAGGAACGGGCAGAAGCCGGGUGGAUAUUGCACCCACAGUAGUGUCCUCUUUCUGUCCUGGCACAGGCCGUACCUGGCCCUGGCGGAGACGGUCUUGUACGAGGACAUCCAAACAGCCGUCAAGGCGUUCCCAGCUGGUGCAAAGCGUGAUCGUCUGGCAGCCGCAGCUGUGACUUUCAGACUCCCAUACUGGGACUGGGCUUCCAAGCCGGCGAUACACCCUCUCAUCCUCCAAAAGACGGUUCAAGUUGAGAAGCCCACGGGAACAGUCACCAUCCCCAAUCCGCUCUACAGCUACAGAUUCCAGAAUACCAAUGACUUCCCCCCCGGGAAGUAUAGGAACUGGACGCAGACGUUGCGUCAUCCUCUUACGGAUUCUUCGAUGGAAAGUCAGGACGCGAUCCUGACUAAUAUUAAGACGGAUAUAGAAAGGAGGGAUACGCAAGAUCGUUUCGGCGGACGAAGGGGUCCUUGGAUCAAUCUCCGAGAGAGAAUCUGGCAUCUUUUGAACGUCGAACAGAACAGGUAUCCUACGUAUGCAGCCUUCAGCAAUGAUAGGUGGGUGGUGAACGGCCGCUCCUCCGAUUACGACUCCAUCGAGUCGGUUCACAACUCGCUCCAUGGCAUGAUUGGAGGGAGUGGACACAUGGGCGAUCCAGGAUAUGCUGGCUUUGAUCCCAUUUUUUGGCUCCACCACUGCAAUAUCGACCGCAUGUGGGCACUAUGGCAGGCACUUCACCCUGAAGAUGAUAUGAACUGGGACUUCGGUAUCAAAGCCGAGACUGAGCACACAUUCCACUGGUGGUCAGGAACUAAAGAGGAAGAAAACACCCCACUCGUCCCCUUUCACCGGACUGACAGCGCCUACUGGACAUCAAAUGACUGCCGCGACUUCAAAACCUUCGGCUAUACUUACCCCGAGCUGGCAGAUUGGAACGUUCCCAAUGUCAGCCGGGCACAGCUCCGUACAAAAGUAGCCGCUUCAGUCAAAACUCUGUACGCAAACCAGACGACUGCCGGCUCGCUCCUGAAUGCAGCCCGCUCAUCGGCACCGGCGGGAAGCCCAUUCAUUUCCCUUGCAUCUGCCCCCGGCGGCGAUAUGCCCCCACUCGAGCCCCGGCCAGGAGCUGCAGCCCCAACCGCAGCCUCAACCGCAGCCUCAAACGCAGCCCCGGAAAAACCAAAGAGUGCGCUGCAGGCUGCUGCUGACGCGAUUCCCCGUGGCCCAGCUCAAGCGGCCACAACCCCGGCUCCACAGCAGCCCCUUCACGCGGCUGCUGCUCCCUCUGGCUCCACUCCGAGAGCAGGUCCCCACGCCGCCACCGCCGCCUCUCCCGCCAAGACCCAUCAUUUCGGGGUGCGCGACGUCGCUGCUGCAGUAUCGAAGGGGGUGGAUGCCGCCACCACCGGCGUAGCCAAGGCAACAGAGGCCGCCAAAGCCGCUGCUCCGCCGCAAGUCCGUGCGGCCAUCGAAUCCGUUGAGCGGGCCACCUCGGGCCCUCUCAAGGCCGCCGGCGAAGCGAUCAAGAAAACCGCCGCUGCCUACGAGCGCAAGGUAAUCGAACUCGACGUCCCCAUCAGCACGAUCGUGAAGAACAACAGCCACCGGGAGUACUUCGCGAACAUCCGGGCGCCGAAGUACAGUUUCAACGGGUCGUACGUGGUGCACGUAUUCCUUGGUCCGUUCACGGAGGACUACCGACAGCGCCCCUUCGACCCCAACCUCGUCGGCUCCCUCCACGUCUUCGCAAACAACAUCGAAACCACCGGCUGCGAGAACUGCAAGAAAAACGCUGAGCAGAAUCUCGCCGUCACUGGCUCCGUACCGCUUACGUCUGCACUCUUGGAAAGGAUUGCCGAGGUCGGAUCACUAGAGCAACAACAUGUCGAACCGUAUCUUAAGCAGAAUCUGCAUUGGAGAAUUCACCACAACGAUGAAGCCCACGGCAACGUUGACCGCCGCACCUGCGGCGAGGACCUGAAGGUUGCCGUGACCAGUGUGGUAGUGGAGCACCCCGCCACACCGGACGGAAUCCCGAUCUAUCGAGAUUGGAACCCGAUCCCUGGUAUUACCGAGGGGCGGCCCACCGGUGCUGGGUACGAUGACGCUGAGGGAUACGAAGGCUGAGGGAUGGCGGGUUCGGAGGAUGGGGAUGGGAUGGAGGAUGGAAUGAUGGGAUGAUGGGAUGGGAUUGUAUACGGAUAUGAGCGAGAGAAGAGAAUAUGAUAUCUAACGAACUUUUGUUUAUGUUCAUGUGUGCGCAACGAAUGGAAUGUAAUUCACCCUG